UCAUUUCCUGGGCGGAGAGCUUUCGGCUCUAGUGAAGCAACGGCAACUUGAAAGAAGAGCGAGUGAGUGAGCUUGAGUGGGAGAGAGAAGUUAUUAGAACGUAAAACCAUUUUGUCACCAGCAAGCUCUGACAAGCGAUGAGAGGGAGUGUGUUACAAGAGGGAGCUAAUAAAAAGAGUGCUGCACGAGAGAGGAGGAGGGUCUGAAGGACUUUUUUUACUCCAGACUGAGGCCAAAAGGCAUAAAAGUGGACAAACUGAAGAGAACAAAGUCAAGCGGGGAAGGAAAAAAAGGACUUUUGCUGUCACUUCUGUGCUUCACACGUUUACUGCCUGGCUACUCUUGGACGGUUCAUUUGUUUCGCUCUUUUUGUUUACUCCUUCUGUCACUCGAGACUCGUGGGUUGGAUGUGGUUAGUUAGAUUUUCCUGACACAUUACAUCAUCGGGGCCAAAACGUCAGGGUUUUUUCUGAGAGGAUCUGUUUUCCUUUCAAUUCCUCUCCUCUGAAAUGUGUGUGAGUGUGUGUGUGUGUCAUGGUUGGGAGGGAAGGAGCGUGUUUGGUUAGCCGCUUGUCGUUAUAGUGGGAAAAGCUUGCUUGAAGAGAAAAUGAGGUUUUAGCCCUUAAAAAUCCAUCUACAAAACACUGUUACUUAUUUUUACUGAUGUCCUGUGAAGACGUUGCUCUGCUGUAGAGUUAACCAGUUUUGGGUGGUUUACGGAGCUUUGGAAACAACUCGUUUCACUAACACAAGGUUUGCAUUUGAAAUGAAGAACUUCCAAACUCUGCAAGUCACCGUUAGUGUUAUCUGAUUGCUCUGAAUGCUUCCGGGAAAUCUGUCUGACCAACAGGGGAAACCUAAUGUGGCAAAAGCAAACUUUUGAGGAAAUCUGAGCUGGACACGUUCCUUUUGUCUCAUUACGAAUGCCAGGAUGCAGCUGGAUGGGGUCUGGUUUAGUCAAAUAGUUAACAGGACUUCUUAAAGGUUCUUGUGCGAGAUGACAAACCAUCUGCUGGAGCAUCAAGACUAGAGAAGCAGCGAACAGAAAGGAAAGUUAGUGAGCAGACACGCUUACAGACGUGUCACUGACCUCCGCGUGUUUUCACAGCAGGAAUUAUCCAUUACUAGAGGAGAGAAAAAUAGACAGUCCAGAGACACAUUGACUUGUUUCUGCCAGCAGUGAGCCGACGAUAAAGCUGUGCCGGAGAGAAAAAAAGCUUGUGUUUGUGUGUGCAGGUGGGAGUUUCUUACUGAAAUGUAUGCUAAGAUACAUUUGUAAAAGUGCAUGUGGAGGCGUUCAGGUGUAGCCUAGUGAACGCAUGGUCUUUGUGUGCCUCAAAGCUUGUUUAGGUGGGGGAGUGCUUGCCCUGUUUGGCCAAACUGUGUUUGGACAGACCUCUGAAACAGGUGAGGUAUCCGAAAUUUACCUUAUUAGACAGGCAUCAGCUGUUCUCUUGGCUUCAUUAUUCAAAGUGCUUUCCAGAAUCAUCAUCAGGUAGCAUCACCUCCAUAAUAACAAGACUGCUGUGUCUGUUUGAUCCAAACGCUCUGCAUCACUCACAGACCCUAAAGACAGUUUACUCUCAGAUUUGGCAGCAUGAGGUUGCUUUGCUUGGUACUGACGGCCCUGUGCAUGGUGGCAAGAACAGGAGGUAUGUCCACUUGCAAAACUGUAGACCUGGAGGAAGUGAAGAAGAAACGGAUAGAGGCCAUCCGCGGUCAGAUCCUCAGCAAACUGCGCAUGGCCAAAGAGCCCAAAUCUGAGAUUGAUGAGGGACAGAAGAUCCCAGAUGACUUGCUUUCUUUGUACAACAGCACUGUUGAACUGAGCGAAGAAAUGAAGAUGAAGCCCGUAUCUGUGCAGACUGAAGAUGAAGACUACUUUGGAAAGGAGGUGCACAAGUUCACCAUCCAGCAAUCUCAGAAUGACACAAAGCAUCAGCUGAUUUUUAACGUGUCAGAGAUGAAAAAGAGUAUUCCAAAUCACCAGCUGCUGUCCCAAGCCGAGUUACGGCUUCGGAUUAAGAGCCCUACAAUGGACCAGGAGCAGAGGCUGGAGCUGUAUCGUGGAAUGGGCGAUCGGGCUCGAUAUCUGGGCACCCGCUUUAUCUCCAAGGACUUGUCCGAUCGCUGGAUCUCGUUUGACGUGAAACAGACCAUGAUAGAAUGGCUGCAGGGUUCAGAAGAGGAAGAACGUUUAGAGCUGAGGUUAUACUGUGGCUGUAAGACAGACCAGCAGAGUACUGAUAAAUUCCUCUUCACUAUAUCAGGACUAGAUAAGCAGAGAGGUGACACUGGUAAUCUCUCGGGGAUGAUGGCAAAGCCUUAUAUUCUGGCUUUAUCUUUGCCUACUAAUGGCAUCUCCCCUGCAUCCGCUCGCAAGAAACGAGCUGUUGGUGCUGAUGAAACUUGUGAUGAAAAAACCGAGACCUGCUGUAUGCGGAAGCUUUACAUUGACUUUCGGAAAGAUCUGGGUUGGAAGUGGAUUCACAAGCCCAGUGGAUACUUUGCCAACUACUGCAUGGGCUCCUGUACCUACAUCAGGAAUGCUGAGAACAAAUACUCUCAGAUAUUAGCCUUAUACAAACACCACAACCCUGGUGCAUCUGCUCAGCCAUGCUGCGUGCCUGCAGUCCUCGACCCUCUGCCCAUUAUGUUCUAUGUGGGCAGACAAAACAAGGUGGAGCAGUUGUCCAACAUGGUGGUGAGGAGCUGCAAGUGCAGUUAGAGUUCAUCUGACUGCACAGCAUUAUGUUAUCUUCAGAAUGUGCUCCAUGGCUUUAUCUCUCUCUGGACGAUGAGUUAGCAAAUGCAUGGAGAGAUGAUCAUAAAAUCUCAGUGGGAAAGAAAAUCAGGAGCUGAGGCAACUGACAGAGAAAAGACAUUCGGGCAAAAGUGGAGGCAAAUGGAAA